AUGGAAAUGGGGUCCUCCAUCACCUACACUGACUUCCAAGCCACGCUCCGGGCUGUUGUGGAGCAGAGAAGCCAGCAGUAUCAGAACAUCUAUUCGAUUGCUGUGAGAUGGGAGCUGGAUGAUACAAAUGCCGAACUAGAUACCGCGCACUUUCAAAGCAUGCUGAAGAAUUUCGGUACUAAUCCAGCUGAGGUUCUGGUUCUUGGUUCUGAUGAUGAUUACCCUGUAUACACCUUAUCAAGAGCCUGGCUCAAUUUUACAGCGAAAGCGAGACUCAACAACGAACGCAACUUGAUAAUAUUCCAUUAUGCAGGCCACGGAACGACCAAGAAUGGGUCUUUCAAUAUUGUGGAAAACAUGAGCGAAGAAUCAAAGACUGCCAAUUUCGAAAGGGCUAUCCUUGCAGACGUCAAGGACCCGAAGGGGUUCUCGGAUACUAUCGAUAUCCUGUUCAUCCUUGAUUGCUGCUAUGCUCAUUACACAACCCGAGCACCAAAGACUACUCGCAAUGUUAUUGAGAUUCUUGCAGCAACAAGCUCCCAGACAGUCACAGCAAGAUCCGCACCAAAUAACACUUUUACAGCGAAACUGGCUAACGAGAUUGCUCGAAGGAAGAAAGCGCAUCAUGAAAGUGUGGAGUUUACCAGCGUGUUUCAAAGCCUUCUCACCCGAUCAUCGACUAUAGUGAGACCCACGCAUGCCUUGCUCGUUGGUGCAGCUUCAGUUAACAUACCACUCAACGGACAUAGAACGGUAGACCCGCGAACUAUUCCCGCGGAUUACAACGCUCUUUUCGCUGUUAAUGUCUCAAGGGAUAUCACAAAGGAAGAGCUACAAGAGCUCAGCACAUGGAUGCGGAAACUGCCAUCGUUCGCGGGAUUGAAGAUAGAGAAUAUCUAUCACACUCAAUCUAUGUGCUUGAUUAUGCGUGCUUCAUUUUCGGUCUACACCAAGUUACACAAUAUGCAAGGAUACAAUCUAAUUGCGGAAAAUCCUAGUCCGGCGCUAACUCAUCUCUUGCAAUCUGAGCUGUCUGAAGAACCUGCUUCUCCUCCUUCCCAGCAGUCCAUGAUGUCUGAAAGGCGCUAG